GUCAUUUCAAGUGAAAAGGUGGGGAGACGUCACUUCCGAGAGUAACACGGGGGAAGAUGACGUCACGCUCAGAACCAGAACUCUCGACUCGGCUACAACGGAGACUCCGUGACUCGGGGGCAACUCCGUCGCUGGGCCGUUACUCCUCAUCCAUCGCCGGGCAGCUCCUCCGUUGCUAGGCAACUCCUCCGUCGCUAAUCAACUCCUCUGUUGCUAGGCAACUCCUCCAUUGCUAGACAACUCCUCCGUUGCUCGGCAACUCCUCCGUUGCUAGGCAACUCCUCCAUCUCUAAUCAACUCCUCUGUUGCUAGGCAACUACUCCGUUGCUAGGAAACUCCUCCUCCACCACCGUUGUCACCCCUCAGUUCUACCGGAUGGCCACCACCACCCACCCCACCCAACCGAUGGAGCGUCCAGCCGCCAACGCAGCCACCGCCGACGCUGCCGACGACCGCCACCGUCCGGGCACCAAGCGCCACCUCUGCGCCCUAUGCCCGUACGGCACGGACCGCGCCGGGAGCCUCCGGAACCACGAGCGGACCCACACGGGGGAGCGGCCCUACGCCUGCCCGUCCUGCGGCAAGGCCUUCGCCGAGUCCGGCACCCUCCGCAAGCACCGCAGGACCCACACGGGGGAGCGGCCGCACGCCUGCCCACGGUGCGGCAAGGCCUACGCCGAGGCCGGCCACCUGCGGCGCCACCUGCGGUCCCACACCGGGGAGAAGCCCUUCCCCUGCCCGGACUGCGGCAAGGCCUUCGCUGAGUCGGGCACCCUCCGGAACCACCGCAGGACGCACGGCGGCGAGCGGCCCUACCCCUGCGGCGAGUGCGGCCGUCGGUUCGCGACGUCGGGCGACCUGGCCCGCCACGGCAGGACGCACACGGGGGAGAGGCCCCACCGCUGCGGCGACUGCGGCCGGUCGUUCGCCACCUCGGGCCACCUGCGCGGCCACCGCCGGACCCACACGGGCGAGCGGCCCUACAAGUGCGCGGCGUGCGGGGCCGCCUUCGCCGAGUCCGGCGCUCUCCACCGCCACCGGAGGACCCACACGGGGGAGCGGCCGUACGCCUGCGACGACUGCGGCCGCGGUUUCGCCGAGGCCGGCUGCCUUCGGAGGCAUCGGAGGACCCACACGGGCGAGCGGCCGUACGCCUGCGCCGACUGCGGCCGCUCGUUCGGCCAGUCGGGGGACCUCCGCGGCCACCGGCGGACCCACGCGGGCGAGCGGCCGUUCGCCUGCGCCGACUGCGGGCGGGGCUUCGUCUGGCCGGGCGACCUGCGCAGCCACCGCCGGACCCACGCGGGCGAGCGGCCGUUCGGCUGCGCCGACUGCGGCAGGGCGUUCGCCCACCCGGCCACGCUCAAGAAGCACCGGGAGGUUCACCGCCGGGAGGCCGCGGUUAACGGCUCGGCUUCGUCGUCGGUAGCGGCGGUCAAAAGAUGCAGCUCUGAACUCUGGCCGGGUGAAGAGGCAGCACUGCCGGCAUCCGAGGGCCAUGGAUGCGAGCGUCCCAACUUUGGAUUCUCCGUCGUCAAGCAGGAGACAGGAGAGGAGAGCCCCGGCAACCACGAUGGCGACGGUCGCCACGGAGACGGCGGCGACGACGGUCACCAUGGAGACAGGCCCUUGUUGAUCGUGAAGCAGGAGAGAAGAGACGGCGUCCACGAUGAUGUUGAUGAAGAUGUUGAUGAAGAUGCCGUGCUGCUAGCUUCCCCAUCAACCCCUUAA